GAAAAGUAACUUGAGAAUCUGUCACGAGGGCGGCGCAGUUUUUCAAUACACGGAACACUCCGAGGCAUUCAUCCGUCAUUUCGUGUAUUUAACGAUGAUUCUGUCUAAAGUAAAUAUGUGAAAGUGAAACAUAUCAGUUUUAAGAGUAGGGUGCACAGAAUAUGGGCCUAAAAGCAGCUGUCCAAGCUCUGAAGAAAGCUGAACCAUUAAAGGAUAAGGUUCAACGUUGUAAAGAUCUAUUGAAUGAUAAUGAUGCUUGGGUGUGUCAACAACAACUACAAAAAAUUUAUCAACAAGUACUCAUUUUGGAUCUGGAGUACGCUUUGGACAAGAAAGUUGAACAGGAACUUUGGAAUCUUGGUUUUAAGAAUUAUAUAGCAACAUUGCAAUCUCAAGCAAAAGAUAGGAAAAAUCCAAAACGUGGAGAAUCUCAAGCCUUGUUGAGUUGGUGUUUGGAAGCAGCUAGUGGAUUUUAUUUGACAUUAUUGCAAGAAAUUUGUACAGCAUUUGACUUAGAUCUACCAUUUAGACGGAAAGGCUAUGUUUAUGGAUGCACUUCACCAUGGAAAGCUGUUGAAAAAUUGUCAACGCCUCACAAAUCAUCUUGUUUUUAUGCGUGCCAAUAUUGCCUUGUACACUUAGGAGACAUUGCUCGUUACAGAAAUGAAAGCAAGCAAGCUGAAUUAUUUUACAGACAUGCUGUAUCAUUGUCACCAUCAAGUGGACAGCCAUAUAAUCAGUUAGCUCUUCUUGAAGCAUCACGUGGAGAUAAAUUAGGAACUGUAUUUCAUUAUGCACGCUCUGUUACUGUGAAACAUCCAUUUCCUGUAGCAACAGCUAAUCUUGCAAAAACUUUAUCAUCCGCAUUAAAUGAUCAUUCAUAUAACAUUGAAGGAAAAACUAAAUUGAGUGCACAAGAAUAUGUGACUGUGUUUUUAAAACUUCAUGGCAUUAUACAUAAUCUUGGAGAUUUAAAAACUGCAUCCUCAUAUGUUAAAUUACUGACGGAGACAUUAACAGCAUUAGUGGCUACAGAAAGUUUCAGUUCAUGGAUGCUUGUACAAAUGUUGGUAAUAAAUUUAUAUGCUCUUCAGCAUACAACAGGCAUCACUUCAGAUGCGAUCGAAUUCUUAAAAACUGACCAAUUGUCUACUGAUGAAAAACUGGCAAAAAAUUGUAUUUUAGAUUUUAUUUCUGGCAGUUUAGCUGCAUUGUUGUUACCUGUCUAUACUAUAAAGAAUCGUAUUGUUGAAUAUUUUGCUUUACCUUCCAUAAAACUGUGUCUUGAUUGGAUUCGUAUAAAUCCUACAGUUUUGGAAGAGACAGCAUUUACUUCUAGACUCCAAAUUUGGCCCAGCCUUUGUGUAUUAUUAAAUGCUUUGCAACAAUCCAUUAUGGAUUUUAAAUAUGAUCAGUAUGUUAAAGUACCACUGCCAGAAGAUCGGGACUUGCAAGGCUUCCUACCAUUAGAAAAAAAUUUUGAAAAUUUGAAAUUCACAAAUACUGAUUUUGAAGAUGAUAUUGCGAUAUUAAAUAAACUCCGAGCUGUUCGUUUAAUUCAGUUGGGACAUUAUUUAACACAAUAUCAAAUUAAUGGAUCUCCCUUAAUUGCUAUUGUAACAAGUGAACAAAUAGAAGAAAAUAGAUUUAUACCAUUGAGUGAAGGUCCUGGCCCAAGCAAUGAGUUAAUGAAAGAACUUGAAGAACUCAGCUUAAAUAAGGAAAAACCAAUUAUACCAGUGAGUCCUGUAUUAUCUGAAUCAGCUAGUAGCAAAGGAUCUGCAGAAAUCGAUAUAACAGAAAAUGCUCAGGAACGAAGAGUAGGUAUCCUAAAACCACAAGGUUCUUUAGAGCGAAAUAGAGAUUCAAUAACUAGUACCACAGAUAGUAAUAUUGUUGAAUUAAAUUCUUUGCCGUCAACUCGGAAACCAAGGCAAAAUAUUGCAAUGCAAGCUAUAAUGCGACGUGCAGAAACAGAGCAAAAGCAAGUUACAUUUAAAAAUGUUUCACCAGUAUGUAUUGAAGAAGAAAAUGAUAAAAUAAAAACAACUGCGACUGUUUCUCCAAAUAAGCCCACAGGAAAUAAAAAUAUUCCAAUAACUACAGAAUCAACAAAAGUGAAUACAAAUGCAUUGAACACUGUUCAGAAUAGGCUUCCACUAAUACCGUGUGCUACAGUUACAAUUCAAAGUCAACCUACAACCAAUUCAAAUCAAUUAAAAUCUACAAAAAUACAACCAUCAUCACAGAUUAAUCAAGUUCCUUCUCAAGAGCAGUCUUCAGAUACAUUACCUCAAGCAUCCUGUCUACCUCAAUUUGGCCAGCAGUCGCAAACUUUAGGAUCACUCUGCUAUCAAAAUCAAUCUUUUAAUGUACAGAAUCCGCAAUUUGCGAAAAACUUUAUGUCUGGACACAUAGCAAAUAUGCCAACUUAUGCGCUACAGGGACAACUUAACAAAACGACACAGACAUUAGCCCAAAAUUUGGGUAUACAGCAUGUCAUGAAUCAGAAUAGACCAGUUCUUCAAAGAAUGGUUCAAAAUGUACCUCAAAAUUCAUUAUUGCAGCAAAAUGUAGGAAUAUCAUCUACUGCACAGCAAAGUAUUAUGCCUAACAUAUCUCAAAGUAUGUAUGUACAACAAACUGCAAAUACUGGUUUACAACAAAAUAUAAAUAUAAAUCGACAGCAGCAAAAUCACAAUAUAGGUAUUCAACAACCAAAUAUUAUUCCAAACAAUGUAAGAUCCAAUGGGAUAUCUACACAAAAUCAGAUUAACAUGCCAGCAACAAGCAUUGCAAACAAUAUUUCUACAAUACCAACAUUGAAUACAUAUCAAAAGAAUCUACAAGUUACUAAUAUUACAAACAUACCAAAUACUUCAUUAAGUCCAAAUAAUAUAACAAAUUACCAACUUAAUUUUAAUCAGGGUAUUUAUACUCAAAAUAAUUUUAACCAUGUAUCACAAAAACAAUUAUCGCCAACAAUGUAUAACAAAAAUACUGAUAUUCUAGACUUCCCUUUUUCAAAUCAAAUUGGUACACCUAAAAGUCAGCAACAAUCUACAAGUAAUUAUCAGGUUUUCCAAAAUUUUGACUCUCCAGACUUUGGUUUAUGGAAAGAUACUCAACCUCCUCAACCACCAGUUGCUUGGUGGGGAGCAACAAGAGGAACACAAAUACAUAAAGAUUCAUGCACUGCAGAUACUUUCCAAAAUUGGACUAAUGUUCCUAAUUCUGGAAACAUGAAUAAUAGAUCUUUAAUGCCGUGCAGCAAUUAUCAACAAAAUACUUUGCCUGAAAGACAUUUUGGGACUGGAAGUAAUUUUGAAGACUCUAGAGCAUAUGAGAUGGAUCAAAAGCCCGUACAAUCAACCACAACAGGAAACACUUAUUCUUUAUUUAGUGGCAAUACAUGGGGUUCUGGUUCUCAAAUAUCUAAUCCUUCAAAUCAAGAUCAAAUGAAGGCUAGACUUAAUCAACAAUCUUUAUGGUCUGGACCUGGUCCUUCUCCUUUGGAGCGACUUCUUGAACAACAAAAGUCAUUGCGCGAAGGAGGUACUUGAAGGAAAAUUAUAUAGUUGUUGAAGAAGCAAAUGAGAAACUGAUUUUGCACCUAACAUAAAAGUUAGGUAAUCAGACAAAUAUGAUAGUAAUGUUACUAUGGUAAGAUCACUACACUGGACAAACAUGUGUUAAAAUCUUUAAAAAAAAAUGUAGAAGAAUACAGAGGGGGAAAGAAAAGUGUAGAUAAAUUAAAUCACACGUCCAGAGCGUUAUGAAACACGCUCAAAAAAGUAAUUUUCAUUAUUGUCUAUUAGUUGCGUAUGCAUUAACAGUGAGUAUGAAAACUCCAGUCAAACAUACGGGGCUGUUUGGAAAUGCUUAUGUUAAAUUUAAUGGGAUGUAAGAAAAGAAAAUGGCAAAAUUUCUAUCGAUAGAGAUUUAACUUUAUCAAAUAAUAUUAUUUUUAAUAACUUAAUCAAAUAAAAAAGUUAUAUAAUUUUUGGAAUAUAUCAAUUGGUUUUAGUAUCAGUGUUCAUCACUUAAUAUGCAGAUUAUGUAGUUAUCCCAAUAUUAUCUAAUGAUUAAAGCUAUUCACAUUAGAUCAUCUUAGUUUAUCACAUUUGAAAUAUUAUAUUUUAUUUUCAGAAAUACAAGUUCUAUGAACAAAGUACUGUGUAACGAACUACGAUAAUUUACUUAACAUAAAAUUAUUGUAAUUUUAAACAUUUGGUAUAGCACAGUUCAGAUUGAUUUAAAUUAAAUAUAAUUUUACCAAUCGUUUGAUACAUAAUCAAUUGAAUUAUUCAAUUAACAAAAAUUAUUUUCUAUAACUCAUUGUAUUAACAAAACAUUUUGUCUUAGAGAAGGAAAGAUUGCCAUGCUAUUAUAAUGCUUUACAAAUAAGAUGUACAGACUUUAAUAAAGACAUUCACAAAAUAA